GGGCGUCAUCGCUUCAGCUGAUUGGUGGCUUACGUCUGCGUCCGCAUGGCAACCGUAACCUGUGUACAAGAAGCGAAGAGRGGAGCCCUAUGACAAUAAAMAUUUCUAACAUCCAAGACCCCCCCRGCCCCCUGGUGUGCUGCAAAACCUGCACAAAGAGGAAAAGAAGUGCUGACUGCGACGUGUGUCGGUGCGGCUGCCUGACAGAUCAUGUGACUGGUUUUGGAGCAACAGAACGUUUCACGAGGCAGCAAACACCAUCCAACUAACUGCUAUCUGUCAACACAUCUACAACCAUGACAGCMGAGGAGGUCAUCAACAUMAAGGAGGCCGAGGUGAUCAAGCUGAUCCUGGACUUCCUGAACUCCAGGAAGCUGCACAUCAGCAUGCUGGCUUUGGAAAAGGAGAGCGGUGUCAUUAAUGGACUCUACUCUGAUGAUAUGCUCUUCCUCCGGCAGCUCAUUCUGGAUGGCCAGUGGGAAGAGGUGAUGCAGUUCAUUCAACCUUUAGAAGGAAUGGAAAAGUUUAAUAAGAAAAGGUUUCGAUACAUCGUCCUAAAGCAGAGGUUCUUGGAAGCGCUGUGUGUCAAUAAUGCCAUAUCAGCUACUGAGGAUCCACAUAACCUGGAGCUCACAAUGCAGGAGGCUGUGAAGUGCCUCCACUGUCUGGAGGAGUUCUGCCCGACCAAAGAAGACUACAGCAAGCUGUGCCUUCUCCUCACCCUGCCUCGCCUCACCCACCACGCCGAGUUCAAAGACUGGAACCCCAGCUCGGCCCGCGUCCAUUGUUUCGAGGAGGCCUUGGCCAUGGUGGCCGAGUUCAUCCCUGCGGACAGGAAGCUGAGUGAGGCAGGCUUCAGGGCGAGCGGGAACCGACUCUUCCAGCUGCUCAUCAAAGGAAUCCUUUACGAGUGCUGUGUAGAGUUCUGCCAGAGUAAAGCGACAGGUGAGGAGAUCAGAGAGGGCGAGGUGUUGCUCGGCGUGGAUUUGCUCUGCGGGAACGGAUGCGAUGAGCUGGAUUUGUCACUGCUCUCCUGGCUGCAGAACCUCUCCUCCGGUGCUUUCACCUGCGCCUUCGAACAGAAGACCCUGAACAUUCACGUGGACCGCCUGGUGAAACCCAGCAAGGCUGGACACGCCGACCUCCUAACUCCCCUAAUCAACCGUCUCUCUCCCUGCCCGACCUCGCCCUUUCGCCAGAGACCUCAUUCGGCCGACACGUACAUGUCCAGGUCCCUCAACCCAGCUCUGGACGGCCUGUCCUACGGACUGGCAGCGCAGGACAAGAGAGGCAUGGAAAGCAACGUGAAAUCUGCGCUCAGUAGGAGUCUAGUGGAGAAUAAYGUGCAUCAGCAGGAUGACUCACCUGAGAGGAAACACUCACAGGGGUUGGAUGGGCCCCAGACCACACGCACUCCUCUGACUCCAGGAAAAGAUGGCGGGCCACCAUGCAGUGCAGACAUACUGGAGGUAAUACAAGCUGUGUGUGUGGUCAUAGCUGGUGCAGUUUAUACAUUAAGUACAUCUUAUAUUUAUAUGGUGAAAUUUUGGUACAAUCUGGUAUUAUUAAAUACACUCCGUUUACCUAAAUCGGCCGACGUUCACAGCACAGAGAGGGGCCCUGUGAGGAGCAGGUCAGGAGGGUUGAGCAGCACCCCGUUGAACUCUGGGGGCCUCGGCCAGCCGUCACUCAGCGAGUCCCCAGUUACUAAAAGCCGCAGUUUGGAAAGAAUCAGAGGUUCUGCCGCUGCAGCCCAAGAUGAUCCUGGCUGCUCCACCAUCAGAAACACACACGAGCAUGUGAAGUCCAAAGCCCAGUUUGUGCGGGUGAGUCAGCUUGAGGACACCCAGGCUCUGCGUGCCGUAGCUUUUCAUCCAUCUGGAGCGCUCUAUGCAGUCGGCUCAAACUCCAAAACCCUGAGAGUCUGUGCCUACCCAGAAACAGUGACCAGCAGYGGUUCCGGUGCAGCCAAACAGCCGUCGGUGCGUUUCAGACGAAACAAACAUCACAAAGGCUCAAUCUACUGUGUGGCUUGGAGUCACUGUGGACAGCUGCUAGCCACCGGCUCCAACGACAAAUAUGUUAAGGUUUUGCCCUUCAAUGCAGACAGCUGCAAUGCCACAGGCCCAGACCUGGAGUUCAGCAUGCACGAUGGUACCAUAAGAGACCUGGCGUUUAUGGAGGGUCCUGAGAGCGGGGGAUCCAUCCUGAUCAGUGCCGGGGCUGGAGACUGCAACAUUUACACAACAGACUGUCAGAGAGGACAAGGCCUUCAUGCCCUGAGCGGACACACAGGUCACAUUCUGACCGUGUGCACAUGGGGCGGUUGGAUGAUCGCCUCCGGCUCCCAGGAUAAAACGGUCCGGUUCUGGGACCUCCGUGUGCCCAGCUGUGUUCGGGUGAUUGGCACAUCUCUGCAUGGAUCAGGAAGUGCCGUUGCUUCAGUGGCGGUGGACCCCAGCGGCCGCCUGCUGGCCACCGGUCAGGAGGACAGCACCUGCAUGUUGUACGACAUCCGAGGGGGACGCAUAGUUCAGACCUUCCGCCCCCACGGCAGCGACAUUCGCUCCGUGCGCUUCUCGCCGGGAGCCCAUCAUCUCCUCACCGGUUCCUACGACAACAAAAUCAUCAUCAGCGACCUGSAAGGUGACUUGACGAAGCCGCUCCCUCAGACGCUGGCCGGCGAGCACUGGGACAAGGUGAUCCAGUGCAGGUGGCACCCACGUGACCAGACGUUCCUCUCCUCGUCUGCCGAUCGAACUGUCGUCCUCUGGGCUCCGGGGCCCUGAGAAUUUCAAGAAAUUAGCUGUUCACAAGAGCGCAGUUUACUCUGUUUAGAUCAGCCUCUAUGUGUGUACUGCAGUGAUGGUGUUUUGAAGACUUGAUGCACUGAAAGCCACCUGUGUGAAUUGGAAUGCUACUGCGGUACGUCGGUGUGAUUCUGUCACCGUGGGACACUAUAAAGUCUGUGUGUGUGUGAUGUCAAAGGUCAACUGUAGCUAAAGGUGGAUCUAAAAAAAUUUUCAAAUUAUCAAAGGAAACAAAAAUUUAUGUGCAGUUGUAAUUUGGUUUUAGUGUAAAUCACAAAGCCUCCAAAGUACUUUUCAUUCUUCUGUUUGCUUGUUAUAUUGUGAUUGAAAGGGUGGAUGACAUGAAAAGAAGAGAAAACUAAGUUCACUUCAAGCACACUUUAAAACCUGCUUCAGUUCUUUAACGAUGCACUGAAAUGUUUUAUCAAUAUUUUGUCAAAUUGAUGAAAAAAAAGGAAUAGAAAUAUAAAGAAUUUACCUUUYGUUGCAACAUUGCACAGCGUUUCACAGCUCAUCAAAGCACAGUGUUGUCAGUGGUUACCAUGGGAAUCAGUGUCUGGACUCAACAUUGCGGAAGGAAGCAACAUUUAGUUUUAUGCAUUUCAUAACGUGCCUUUAUUAAACAUGUGCAGAGAGUUGGCUUUUUUUCUGAUUGCAUUUCUAUGCCAGGUCAAAGUAAAUAUUUUAAACAUGUCAUCAAUGCAGAAAAUUAGAAGGAGCAUUUUGACUGUGCACAUAUGUAAAAUAAAUGAUUGCCAUGUUAUCGUUAAAGAUUUUUUUAUUAAUUAGGACAUGAAGACUGAAAACGUGACUUAUCCUGUUUUAUUUUGGUUAUCAAUAAAAUGAAAAGUAAAUGUG